AUGCCCAGGAAGCAUCUGGGAUCUCCGGAACAUCCCAGUUUUGAGCUGCCGUCUUUGCCUCCCUGGAGAACCCCGAAGAUCAAGAUUUUGCACCAUACGCCCUCCAGAGGUCAAUCAUUACUAGAUGAUGGAGAUAUCUUCGAAACACCAUAUGAACAGAAGCCUCCCGUGGCGCCAAACAGAGGCAAAAACCCGGAUAUUUACGAUUAUUCGCCGUUCAGCGACAAAGGACUGCUGACUGCCAGUAAAAGGGAGCAAUUGCUCAACUCCGAAGCCGCUACGCAUUGUUUGGUUUUCCACAAAACGAAGCACAAGUAUCCCCCACGCAAAAGUUUCCGGCCCGAUCUCGACCUAUGGUGCUGCGAUAGCUCAGCAGACGAAGCAGUCAACGAUAACGACAUCAACAAUGAUAAUGACGAUGAGUGUGGCCGGCUGGCAACGGCUACUAUUCUACCUCCCGUUGAACGACCAAACAUCCGCAGAUUCGAAAACAACGUUAGCACCGAGAAAACAACACUGCGAGAGUUUUGGAACGGUUCAGACGUCGCUGAUGUGCUGGAACGGAGCCAGCUUCGCGACAUCUGCUCCAUCUUGCAGCAAGAGAGAGACCUCAUCCACAAAUGCGAGCGUCAAAUUCAGCAGCUGGACCAUCUGCCGCACCAGAAUGAAACGGAACAUCCCUACCGAUGGCUCCGCAAGUACUGUAAGAAUGUUUGGGAUAAAGACUCCUGGAUGCUGGACGAAGAAGUACCCGGCCGCAUUGGUAUGAAUCGUGGUAGUGGUAUUAAUAGAGACACGUGA